CUCCCCUGCCUGCCGGAAGGGCGCGAUCACCUCCGCCCGAGCUUGGUGGCUGCAGCGGGGAUGGCGGCGGCGGCGACAGCGGCUAAGGGAGGCAGUGGCCCGGGCACGGACACCCGGCUGGACCAGGAGACGGCCCGGUGGCUACGGUGGGACAAGAACCCUUUAACUCUAGAGUCAGUGAAACAACUAAUUGCAGGAAGUAAUAAAGAAGAACUACAAAAAUGUUUUGGGGCUCGAAUGAAGUUUGGGACAGCUGGCCUCAGAGCUGCUAUGGGAGCAGGAAUUUCUCAUAUGAACGAUUUAACCAUCAUCCAGACUACACAGGGAUUUUGCAGAUACCUGGAAACACAAUUCGGUGACCUUAAGCAAAGAGGUGUCGUGAUCAGCUUUGAUGCUCGAGCUCACCCAGCAAGUGGAGGCAGCAGCAGAAGAUUCGCCCGACUUGCUGCAACUACGUUUAUCACUCAGGGAAUUCCUGUGUACCUGUUUUCCGACAUAACCCCAACCCCUUUUGUGCCCUAUACAGUAUCACAUUUGAAACUUUGUGCUGGAAUCAUGAUAACUGCCUCUCACAAUCCAAAGCAGGACAAUGGUUAUAAGGUCUAUUGGGAUAAUGGAGCUCAGAUCAUCUCUCCUCAUGAUAAAGGGAUUUCUCAAGCUAUUGAAGAAAAUCUAGAGCCAUGGCCACAAGCUUGGGAUGAUUCUUUAAUUAAUAGCAGUGCACUUCUUCACGACCCAAGUGCUUCCAUCAAUAAGGACUACUUUGAAGACCUUAAAAAAUACUGUUUUCACAGGAGUGUGAACAAGGAGACCAAGUUGAAGUUUGUGCACACCGCCGUCCACGGCGUGGGUCAUGACUUUGUGCAGUCGGCUUUCAGAGCUUUUGGCUUCAUUCCUCCUGAGGCUGUUCCCGAACAGAAAGAUCCCGAUCCUGAGUUCCCGACAGUGAAAUACCCAAACCCCGAAGAGGGUAAAGAUGUCUUGACUUUAUCUUUUGCUUUGGCUGACAAAAUCAAGGCCAAGAUCAUUUUAGCAAAUGACCCUGAUGCUGAUAGACUUGCUGUGGCAGAAAAACAAGAUAGUGGUGAAUGGAGAGUGUUUUCAGGCAAUGAGUUGGGGGCCCUCCUGGGCUGGUGGCUCUUUACUUCUUGGAAAGAAAAGAACCAAGAUCACAAUGCCCUCAAGGACACAUACAUGUUGUCCAGCACUGUCUCCUCCAAAAUCUUGCAGGCCAUUGCCUUAAAGGAGGGUUUUCACUUUGAGGAAAAAUUAACUGGCUUUAAGUGGAUGGGGAACCGAGCCAAACAGCUAAUAGACCAGGGGAAGAAUGUCUUAUUUGCAUUUGAAGAAGCUAUCGGAUAUAUGUGCUGCCCUUUUGUUCUGGACAAAGAUGGAGUCAGUGCCGCUGUCAUAAGCGCGGAGUUGGCUAGCUUUUUAGCAACCAAGAAUUUGUCUUUGUCUCAGCAGCUAAAGGCCAUCUAUGUUGAGUAUGGCUACCAUAUUACCAAAGCUUCAUAUUUCAUCUGCCAUGAUCAAGGCACCAUUAAAAAAUUAUUUGAAAACCUUAGAAACUAUGAUGGGAAAAAUACUUAUCCAAAAACUUGUGGCAAAUUUGAAAUAUCUGGCGUUAGGGAUCUUACAACUGGCUAUGAUGAUAGCCAACCUGAUAAAAAAGCUAUUCUCCCUACUAGUAAAAGCAGCCAAAUGAUCACCUUUACCUUUACUAAUGGAUGCGUGGCCACCAUGAGGACCAGUGGGACGGAGCCCAAAAUCAAGUACUAUUCAGAACUGUGUGCUCCACCUGGAAAUAGUGACCCUGAGCAGCUGAAGAAAGAACUUCAAGAACUAGUCAGUGCUAUUGAAGAAUAUUUUUUCCAGCCACAAAAGUAUAACCUGCAGCCAAAAGAACAGUAAAAUAUUCUAGCCUUGUGAUUAAUUACAUUUACCUGCAAUUAAGCUGAACUUGAUUUGUUAAGUAUUAUUUGUGAGGACCAAAUGAUUUAAACUGUCACCACAAGUAUUUAUAUUUUUAAAAUAGACCUACAUUCCUCAUUGUUUUAUGUUUGAUCUUUAAGGUGAAUAACGAAAAGAUGGCCAUUAUCAGAAAUUGAAAAAAUGGAGACUUUUUUUUAAAAAAACUAACUUUUAAAAAUAUAAUUAAUAUGCUUUAAUUACAAUAAAUAACGAACAUGUUUUCUCUAUAAUUCUUUUUAUGAAUAAUUGAAAUAGUCAGAAAGUCUAUACAAUGACUAAAUUCUAGGAAACAUAUGUAGGAUACCCACAUUUUAGAUAUAUAGGCUUGCCUUGUUUUAUUGCGCUUCGCUUUAUUGUCCAUCACAGGUGUUGCAUUUUUUACAAAUUGAAGGCAAAAUCCUCUACCAAUAAAAAGAUUAUGACUUGCUUUAUUGCAAUACUCACUUUACUAUGCUGGUAUGGAACCUAAACUGCAAUAUCUCUGAGGUCUGCCUGUACGUAUAUUUAUACCUCUAACAAUGGCUUAUGAAGUAAAAUAAAUGAAUAGAUCAAA